CCGGAGCCAUCCCGGUGGCGCCAAGAGCCGCUGCUUGGGAUAUGCGACGGGAAGCCCCCGCCACAGCGAAGGCAGUGGCCCCGCCGCGCCCGGGAGAGCCAGGCGUGAGCAGGUUAGCAGAGCUGGAGACUGGGAAGAAAAGCUGGAUGUGACUCUGAGCUGAGCAGAGACAGACUGGAACCUGCAAGACAAACGGAACCUGUGUUGGACUCCUACCUCUUCCAACCCCGGUGAACCUUGGAGUACCACAGAAGGAGCUGGCGCUAUUCAUUGGAAAGCCCAGAAGCUGGAGAUGGGGAUCUGGUGGGAGACGAAGGACCAUAACCUGAGUGCCAUCUGACAUCACCAAGAUCAGGCCUUCAGAGGAAUCAUCCCUGACUGCGUGUUCGCUCUGAGCUGCGACAGCUGCCCAGUGGGAGCAGUGCUCAGGGGAGAGCUCUGAGGUUUUCCUGAAGAGAAAUUCCAUGGGGACUGUACCUGACCCUCUAAGAUCAGCUAAAACUUCCCUGAUCACAGCUUCUGGAAAAGAAGAGGAUCUAGGAGAGGUACAGGCUGCCUCACCUCAGCCUCGACCAGCCCUCCUGUGUAAGAACAACGAUGGCCUUUCCAGCAAACCUACAGAACCAGACCUCAGCCCCAGGGCAGCUUCUGAGGCCCUGAUGCAGGCCUGUGAGCAUGAAACCACCCAGCCAGACAUGUCUUCUCCUGGCAUCUUCAAUGAGGUGGAGAAAGUAUCUCCCACACUCAACUCCCCUGACAAUACCCAGCUCCCAGGAAACAGCAAGCCCGCAGCACCAGCCCCGUGUUCUGCAGCAGUUAAGGAUCUUAUACACACAGCAUUUACCAUGCCAGCCAGUCAGCACACCCACCAGGCCAUCCCAGGUGACCAGCCCAAUGCCAGGGCCUCCUCAGGAUCUGAAGAUACCCUGGGGAAAUCACAGAGAUCCUCGGCGGGAGAGCUAUCUGGGAAGUCAAGUUGUCCUGUGGGAGGCACUUGUAGCAGCAGCAAAGAUCAAGUGCCCUGUGUUUUUCCUUCUCAAGAAACAAUCCAGGGAGUGGUGCAAACUGCAAACACAGCAGCGGGGGUGUUCAGUCAAGCCUCGUCUCCUGUAGGCGGGCCUACGGGGGAAAGGCAGGGAGCCAUUUACGACUCCACGACCCGGUCCUGUGAAUUUCUAGCAAGAGAAGAUGGAUGUUCAGGAAACAAACCGCCCUCUGCCACCACCACAGACACCCAGGCCGAGAGUUCUGUGACACCUCAACCAUCCCACCUCACUAGCAAAGGCUCGGCGUGUCCUCCAGAUGCAGAGAAGAUGCUGCUGCCAGCACCGCAUCAGGCAUCAAGGUUCAGAGAAGCAAGUACGAUGACCAACCAGACUGAAAAUGAGGUCAAGGACGUUCCCAACAGGGCUCAGCAAGAUGCUGAGGUGCAGGCAGUGGCGAGUGUGGAGAGCAGGUCGGUCUCCACCAGCCCCAGCAUCCUCGCAGCGUUCUUAAAGGAAACCCCUGCUCCUGAGCCUUUGGAACAAGAGCAGCUGCAUGUCAUUUGCCACAGCAGCGGGAGCCACACGUUGGAGCUGUCAGUCAACUCCUCAGCCCCGCAGGAGUCCGGGCAGUGCCCUGGCAUCAUGCCCGAGGUGCACAUCCAGCAAGCUGCAGCUGUUCCCACAGCUUUCCAAGGGGGUAGUAAAUUGGUGAGCCUACCAGGUGAGGCCCUCAAUACCUCAUCAACCAAAGUGGCAUCCAGCAAUGCUCAGGAUAUGUGUACAGAAGAUGGCAGGGCAGCAGGAAUGACCCCUGCAAGGGCAGAGCCCACCCCUGCACAGCUUCCAGGUACUAAUUCUAGCUCCCUGAAAGCUAGCCUCGGAGACCAGAUUUCUAUCCGUGCAGGAAGUCAAGAGGAAACAAGUCAUGGACUGGGGACCUCUGACACCAAGCCUCCUGAGCUUGCAGUGAAAACUACAGGUGGCCAGAAAACAGAUGCAGGUUGCAAACUCUCCAGCUCCUAUGGCUCUGCCAGCAAAACUGACCAGUUUGGGAGCGUGGAUCCUGCUAAUAAGGGAGAUGCAAGAGAGAAGGAGCCUGCCUCUCUUCAGUUAGGAAAAGAACAAGAAUCUAGGGACACGGAUUUCCUCAAUGGGAGGGCGAGAGCAGAAGGCAAAACCCUACUGCUCAAUCCCAAAUCUCAAGAGAGUGGAGGCACGGGGUCAGCUGCCAGUCCCGUACCCUCCCCAGUUAGAAAUAACCAGGGGGGCACAGUGGAAGAAAACAGGCAGACCAAGACAGCCACCAGCCUGAGCCUGCCGUCCGAAUCCAUGGGCGACUCCAGUCCUGGUUCGGGCAAGAGGACCCCUGGUCGCUCGGUCAAGGCCAGCCCGCGCCGGGGCAGCCGGGUCAGCGAGUUCCUCAAGGAGCAGAAGCUCAACGUGACGGCGGCCGCCGCCCAGGUGGGACUCACCCCCGGAGAGAAGAAAAAGCAGCUUGGCGCCGACUCCAAGCUGCAGCUGAAACAGUCCAAGCGCGUCCGGGACGUGGUGUGGGACGAGCAGGGCAUGACCUGGGAGGUGUACGGCGCGUCCCUGGACCCGGAGUCCCUGGGCGUCGCCAUCCAGAACCAUUUACAGAGACAGAUCCGGGAACACGAGAAGUCAGUCAAAGCGCAGAGCAGCCAGACGCGGAGAUCCAUCUCCUCGGACACGUCUUCAAACAAAAAGCUCAAAGGAAGGCAGCACAGCGUUUUCCAGUCCAUGCUGCAGAACUUUCGACGCCCCAACUGCUGUAUUCGCCCCGCCCCGUCCUCCGUGUUAGAUUGAAGGGGAGCGUGCGGGGGAGCCCUGGUGUCCUUUCGGGGUCUUCGGGAGUGUCUGGCCCGCAAAGCGUACCUGGUUUUUCCCUGAGGGCUCAGGAAGAGAAAGCGAGUAUUAACUCUAGGAAAUGGCUAUUAAGAAUUUGAUUGGAGCUCCAUAAAUUAAAGUAUCAUUUGGAUUUGAAAGAAAGAACAAGAGAAAAGCAAGCUUCACUGAAAGUGUACGACCUUACUUAAGAGGAAAUAAGAUUCAGUGGGUUUUUUAAUAGGUUGUUGCUUCUAGAACCAGCAUUAGCAUGAUACAUGUGUCAUUUAGUGUCACUGUCUCAAGUUAUCACGCUCUGGUCUUUCCAUUAAAAUCCCUGCUUUAUGUUCAAAAUACCAAAAACACUAUUAGCAAAACCACUGUUAUACUUUCUAGUCCUAUUGCAAUAAGAAUGCUGUUACCACGCAAAAUUUAAGUACUGAUAAGAACUAUAAUGUAAAAAUGGAAACAACUUUGACUCAUUUCUAGGCCACAGGACAUUAAGUAAAAGCAUAAUAUACCAAAUAUGAAUUAAUAUUUGUACACAU